CCCCUGAACAAGGACCUGGACUGGGACGGCAUCAAUGCUUUCUGCGAGCAGCUCAACAAGGAGCUGGAGAGUCCUCCGCUCGCUACCCGACUUCUGGCCCACAAGAUCCAGUCUCCGCAGGAAUGGGAAGCUAUCCAGGCCCUCACGGUGCUGGAGUCCUGCAUGAAGAGCUGCGGCAAACGCUUCCACGAUGAGGUGGGCAAGUUCCGCUUCCUCAAUGAGCUCAUCAAAGUGGUGUCACCCAAGUAUCUUGGCAGCCGGACACCAGAAAAAGUGAAGUCAAAGAUCCUGGAGCUGAUGUACAGCUGGACGUUAGGGCUGCCUCACGAGGUGAAGAUCUCAGAAGCCUACCAGAUGCUGAAGAAACAAGGGAUCGUGAAAUGUGACCCAAAACUGCCUGACGAUGCUCCUUUUCCGCCGCCUCCCCCUCGGCCCAAGAACAUCAUCUUUGAUGAUGAAGAGAAAUCCAAGAUACUGGCUCGUCUCCUGAAAAGUUCCCAUCCUGAGGACCUCCGGGCUGCCAACAAGCUCAUCAAGGAGAUGGUUCAGGAGGACCAGAAGCGCAUGGAGAAGAUCUCCAAGAGGGUGAAUGCCAUCGAGGAGGUAAACAACAACGUGAAGCUGCUGACAGAGAUGGUUACAAACCACAGCAGGGGGGAGACAACGGAGAGCAAUGAGGACCUAAUGAAGGAGCUGUAUCAGCGCUGCGAGCGCAUGAGGCCCAUGCUUUUCCGGCUCGCCAGUGACACAGAAGACAAUGAUGAAGCUCUGGCAGAGAUCCUGCAAGCCAAUGACAAUCUGACACAGGUGAUCAAUCUCUACAAGCAGCUUGUGCGGGGAGAAGAGAUCAAUGGGGAGACAGUGGCCGGUCCCCUUCGAGGCAGCACCUCAGCGCUUCUGGAUCUGUCGGGCCUGGAUCUUCCGGCAACAGGCCCUUCCUACCCAGCCUUGCCCACCCUUUCAGGUGGCUCAGCAGUCCCCGUGCCUGACCAAACUGGCUCUGUCUCCUUGCUGGAUGAUGAACUCAUGUCUUUAGGCCUGAAUGACCCAGCACCGCAUCCUGCCCAGGCUGGUGACAGCAGUGGCUGGAACAGCUUCCAGUCAUCAGAUAGCAACGAGCUCAGUAUCACCCCUGUCACGGCAACACCACCAGUCAAAGCAGACGCUGGCGCAUCCUCCCCCAAACCUUCUCCUUUCACCAGUGGCCUGGAUGACCUGGACCUCCUGGGCAAGACUCUGCUGCAACAGUCUUUGCCUCCAGAGUCUCAACAAGUGCGUUGGGAGAAGCAUCAGCCACCCCCCCGGCUCACCCUGAGGGACCUCCAGAACAGGAGCAGCUCUGGCACCACAGCCCACAAUCCCAGCACUCUGCCUGUGCUCCAGAGUGUUUCCCCUAACCCCACGCUCCCCCUGACCUCAGAGCUCCCUGCCCCUGCUACGCUUCCGAAAGCUGCCACCGCACCAGCAGGAAGUACCGCACCACCACGGCCUCCUGCCACCGCGCUGCCCCAGGAGAUCUCGCUGGCCAACAUCACUGUGCCUCUGGAGUCAAUCAAACCCAGCAGCAUCCUCCCUGUGACGGUGUAUGAUCAGCACGGCUUCCGCGUCCUCUUCCACUUCGCUAAGGACGCCCUGCCCGAGAGGCCCGAUGUGCUUGUGGUGGUGAUUUCUAUGCUUAGCACGGCCCCGCAGCCCAUCCGCAACAUUGUCUUUCAGUCUGCCGUCCCCAAGGUGAUGAAGGUGAAGCUACAGCCUCCCUCGGGCACAGAGCUGCCAGCGUUCAACCCCAUUGUCCACCCUAGUGCCAUCACACAAGUCCUGCUGCUCGCUAACCCACAGAAGGAGAAAGUGAGGCUACGGUACAAGCUGACCUUCACCGUGGGAGAGCAAACCUACAAUGAAAUGGGGGAUGUGGACCAGUUCCCCCCCCCGGAGUCCUGGGGAAACCUCUAG